UCUUUAUUUCCAUCUUUGAAGGAAUCGCUUUCGUUUCUUGCUUAGUCACAUGUAAGAAAUGGCUACUAUGUUGCUGCUAAUAAGCUUCUCCUUAUUGCACGUAUUGCCAACGGUCUGUAUUUCCGGCUGGUAUGAUAUCGAAGAAGUCAGGAAUACGCUUUACGAACCAGAUAUCUCAUCGGUUUUGGCAGGAAUCAACCCAACUUUUAAUCUCAGUAGUUUGUCGGUAGAUAAUAAAGAAAGUGUAUUGGAGCAAAUUUAUGAAGAGAUGCCUACGAAAGACGAUAAGAGCUACAUUUUCAUCAAAAGCAAAACCGGGCAGAUCUUUGCUUGCAAACUUCCAGUACCGAAACCGAAAGAAAAACCCCAAGAAAUCAGUUACAAUCCCAAGUAUCUGGCGGAAUUGGUAUCGGCGAGUUUCUAUGUUAAAAACUGCAUCACAAAGGAUCUUGGAUGGUGGAAGUACAAACUCUGCAGAGGUAUUGAUGUGAAACAGUUUCAUGGAGCAAAGAAUGAAGCAGCACAAAUUACAAACUCGCUAGGAAUUUUCUUAGGGAAAUAUGCAAUGCCUCAGUAUCAAACUUCGACAACUGAUCGUCUGAUGUAUCUGGAAGAACAGUACGAAGGAGGUACUCUCUGUGAUUUGCCGGAUAAGAAGUCAGCGAGGAAAACAGCAGUGAGAUAUGAGUGCGAUCCACAGUUAUCUACCAGUGAAGCCUACAUCGAUCAAGUCGAAGAGGCGGCAUCUUGUGAGUAUCUGAUCACCGUCAAAGUCGGAUCGCUUUGCAGUCUCAAUGCUUUUGUGCCUCCAAACACUAAUCGUGCGAACGAGAUCCUUUGUCAACCGUUUGUAUCUAAACAAGCCAUACAGAAGUUUGUUGAUGAUGUCAUCCGCAAAAGAACGGCACAGGAAAAGGCAACAAAACUGGCUCGUGAAGCUCUCGACAUGAUUCGCCGGGUACAGCGACGGCGUGCAUCGAUGCGGAGAACCGAGCUGAUCAAGGACUUGUCGAUAUCGAAAUACGCUUUGCGUUCACACAUUGACAGAGAAUACAACAAUGCUGUCGAAAGAUACAUAGCCAUUGCUGUGACAGCAAAAGUGGGUAACGUACUUGAUACUUAUGCUGUGCAGAGUAUUGCUAAGUUGUCGCGAGAAGUUGACGAUAUUGAUAGAGUCUUCUAUAAUUAUGAUUACGGGAGCAUACGCGAUCAGGAAGCCGGUAACUUGUGGUACUACUUUCACGACUCGUCAUGGAACAAGACGCAUUUUCCGAAAUCGCUGGACUAUGUGGACACCAUGAAUGCCUACUACAAUGCUGCUUUGAAGCUGCUUAGGGAACAAACGAAUCAUACGCUCGUUCAACACAUGUUCCCUCUUCUCGAUAAAAAUCCAUGGAACGAACAUGAAAACAUCCUUUUACAUGGUGGCUUAAGCACUACUAUGAGGUCAGCUGCUUAUCAAGACUUACCUGCAUUUCUGGCCAAUCUGUCACCUCAUGAUGAUGUUGCACAGAAUAUUGCCGAUGGGAAGGGAGUUUUUGGCUUCAAGGAAGAGCAAGUGAUAGCAGCCUUCUUGGAACAAGUGCGAGAUGAUUUUCGAAAUGGAGUGGAACUGGCUGUAGGAGAAGACAUCGAGGAAUAUCUAGCAACUCAGUUGGUUCCGGCGUAUAAGUUCAUCGAGCUUAUCCUGAUGGAGGAGCAAGUGUCUCUUUCGGACGAUGUUCGUAAGAAUAUUGAGAUUGAUAUGGUAAACAUGUUGGAUCGGCUCUGCGUCGCAUAUAAAUUCGCGCAAAUUAGGUACGAUUGGGAACAGCCCUUCCAUAAACUUAGCUUCUUCGGCAUCGCACUGGGAAAAAAGCUGGACGUCAAAUUUGAAGAGUAUUAUCAAUCAGUGCAAAGAACUAGGUCAGAAGCAGACAAAAUGAAGCGAGAAGAGCACCUGCUGCAGAUAAUGCGAACAUAUUUUGCUCAGUAUAGCCGGCAAAUCUUCAGAGAGCAGUGGUACAAUAUGGCCGACCUAUUGCUUUACAAAAAACGCGAACACGAUGCAUUGAUCUACGGAAAGCAACGUCCUAAUUUUUUCAAAGAUUCUUUUUUUGAUGGAAAGAUUGUGAUGAACAACGCUGAUGUUAAAGAAGUUUUGGCGCUCCUGAACACUGCUGGUUUCAAAGUGGAUGAUGUCAAAGUGCAGUUGAUCUCCACCUCUGACCUGUCAGGAGUUGGACAACCAAAACUUAAUGCUGAUGAAAUGAAGUUUUUACAAGAGCUGAUCAAACGUCAAAUGGAUGACAUUCGCGAGAUCACGCGAAUCAACGAAAGGGAGCAAGCUUAUGCUGCUAUAGUGGAGUAGUGAAAGCAACGCGAACUGAGAAGAUAUCUGGGUUACCAAUUGGUCCAUUGUGCUGCGCAUUGUUUUGAUUUAUAAUGAUUCCAAAGAUAAUCUACCCAAACUUGUCCUAUUCUUUGCUAUCUUGAGACAAAUGCUCCUUCCUUGCAUAUCUUCAUUUGCAGGUAAAUGAUAUACAGCUGUUUAAUUGGUGUAAGACGAGAGAAGCUGAGACAUGUUCUACGCGUUUCUCAGUUGUUAACCUUUCGAGUUCUUCAUGUAGCUGCGAAUUUUGUACCAUGACACCCUUUUGGCGCUUUUGGCGAAGAAACUCUGAAAAUGUUGGCACAAAUUUAUGUCACAUGUAGAAUUAACGGGGUUCUAACAUAAACCGAUCAUUCCAUCGUUCUUUUCCUUAUACCCUGUGCUCACAAUUGUCGCUUCUCUACUCUUUCUUUACUGCUUAAUUCGUCUGUGAUAAAGUCGAGAAUAGGAGAUUCCCCGUUAGUUGAAGAAAGGUUGUUGACUGAGGUUAAAACUUGUUUGUUUUUCUCCAUGGGCAUCUAGUCUUGCAUUCGCUCACCUGUAAGUAGAACCUGUUGUAGCUGUUUGUAAUUAGCACAUUUCUCUUACAGCUCAUCGGGGCUUGUUGGCUUUGUUUUUGUUCGUCUUUCUUGUUCUUUUUUUUCCUUUGGAAAUUUUUCCGGUGUAUCAAAGCAUGUGGUACAUGUAAGCUUGAUUUCAACUCUCAAGGAGAGUCAUACCGACGUUCCCGUACACGAGGUUAUUGAAUAAAUUAUGA